GGCGCUGCCGAGCUGCCGAUGAGCCGCUGAGCCAGCGGGGAGACGGGGGGGCGGGGAGGAGGAGUAACCGGACACCCAAGCACGGAGCGGCUGCUGGCCGGUCAUAGCGGAGCCCGGCGGCAACCACAGCAGCGGGUCGCUGAGCGCAGUGAGACCGAGCAGCAGAGCCGAGGAGCGGCGGAGCUCAGCCGAAGGCUCCGGUCACCCCUGCCCGAGUUUGACUGCUUUAACGGCGCUCCGAGCCUCCAUCGAGCGGAUAACGGAGUUCCCGUGAAAGUGGGAGAAGUGUCGCGAUCAGCCGCCGGACACCGGCAGCAUGAAGAGGAGCAGCUCCGGGAAACGGGGCGUGUCUGAGUCGGCGCCACAGAACGCGCUGCCUGAUAAGGUGGGCUGGAUCAGGAAGUUCUGCGGCAAAGGGAUCUUCAGAGAGAUCUGGAAGAACCGCUUUGUGGUUCUGAGAGGAGACCAGCUGUUCAUCUGUGAGAAGGAGGUGAAGGAGCUGGGUCGAGCUGAUGAGGUGUUGGACCUGUCGGACUACGAGCGCUGCGAGGAACUCCGGAAGAACAAGAGUCGCAGCAAGAAGAACCACAGCAAGUUCAGACUGCAGCGCUGCAGCUCGCCAGGAAACACGGUUCCCAACCUCGUCUUCCUCGCCGUCAGUCCAGAGGAGAAAGAAUCCUGGAUCAAUGUCCUGAAUGCUGCCAUCACCAGAGCCAAGAACAGCGUUCUGGACGAGGUGACGGUCGAAGACUCGCAGCUGUCUCAUCUGACUCGAGAUCGAGUGAAGAUCCCUCACAACCGCCGACUGCCAACCAGAGGUCACCUGCUGGCUGUGGCCUCCACCUCCUCCUCGGAUGGGAUGCUGACUCUGGACCUGAUCCAGGAAGAGGAUGCUGCAAACGCUCAAGGAGCCGGCUUGGAAAAUUCUGCAUCCCACCUCAGUCCGGACUGUGCCAGGUCCAAAACAGAUGGCUCGGUCUCAGCUCGGACCGCCGAGGCUGCUGGGAAAUCUCAUAGCCUUCCCCGUGAGGUGACGGUGGUGUCGGAGACCCCCCAGCCAGAAAAACACCUCACGACGGCAGAGAAAAACCGCUGCGCCUCCAUGGAUGAGAUCCUGAGCCACUCCGAGAUUAGAGCCGAUAAGAGUAAAACGGCAGCGGGGAGUCGUUCAUCUGCCUCCGCACCAACCACCGCGAUGGCGCCCGUCAAUCAGCUGCAGGAGCUCAUCAGCCAGAAGUUGGAGAAGACAGAGCGGCUGCUGAAGGAAGUGCGGGGCGACGCCGAGGGUGAGCGGGGAAAGGUGAAGUGGGGGAAGGAGUCGACCGAGGCAGAAAGACUCCUGAAGGAGGCGAAGGCGGCCUGGAGCCAGGCGCAGGAGGUUCUGGAGGAGGUGAAGGAGCUCAGGGCGUUGUACCGACAACUGGACUCCACCUCCCCUAUCACCUCUUCUAAAAGCUCCAGACUAAACCCAGACCGCAAGAGCCUGAUGUGAGCCGGCCGGUACGACUCAGCCCGGCCUGGGUGAACGGUUCUGUCCGAUGGACUUCAGAUGAAGAUGGACGAACCACUUUGAAACUCUUUAAAUUCAGGUUUUAGCUGCUUCCAGGACUCAAUACCGCGGUACACGAGGCAUAGAUCCCUCACAGACUAACCUACAGGUCCCCUCAAACCUCCAAAACUUAACAGGAAGUGUUCCUCAGAAGGUUCCUGAUUCUGGUUGGUCAGCUCGUCGCUGCCUUCGAUUAACCUGAGUAGUUUCUCAGUUCAGGUUCUUUUAAAGGAAACUUACCUGACGUCAGCAUCAGAGAGACCGGAAAUGUGCCAAGACAAGUGUUUGGAGACGAGGAAACUGUGGAUCCCGAUCUCAUUCUGGUCCACGGCCUUACCUGUGGAUCCUUUAUGCUCUGCUUCCACGGACAAACCUUCAGUUUGGGACUUAAAAACUGAAAAGCAAUCAGUCAACGGUAUGAAUGCAGGGUGUUUACUGUGGAGGUCAGAGUUGGAGGAGGACUCUGAGAGUGACGGUACGAACUUGUCUUCCUGCUGAUGAUUGAUUUCCUCCCACAGAAGCCGCUCAGCUUCAUGUACCAACUUUUCUGGACUUCCAUCAGAACCAGUUAAUGCCACUAGUUUUGUUCUUUGCUGACUGCAGAGGAAGUCGGAGCGAUGUGGUGGAAAAAAGCAGUUCGUGCAGUUGUUAUGAAGGAAUUUAAAGUCGGUAUGUGAAGUUUUGUUUUUGGGUCCAUUUCAGCCGUCACCCACCUGAGACCAGAACCAGAACCAGGUUCAUCAGAACAGCUUAUUUUCACACGUUGUUAGAAAAGUUCACCCAGAAUAAUCCAACCGGUCAUCGUCUUAGCUACCGUCACAGAAGCCAGCGAGGAUGAACCGAUCUACGCUGCGACCGGCUUCUGCUUCCCGAGUCGUCCUCCUCGGACUCUUCUUCUUCUCUGAAUGUCGCCACCUUCAGUCUUAGCUGGAAACUCAGGUGUAAAAGUUCGUCAGGAACUGGACCAACUGUCCAAUCAGAGCUCCUGAGGUCCGUACUAUGAAGCAGGUUCAACACUCCAAGAUACCUUUAACAGCCAUAGCAUGACCUUGAAUCACGCGUGUCUCCAUGGAAACGACCCGUCACACUCAUGGAGAGUUUCUUCGCGGUGCAGACCUGUGAGCGUGCUCAGACGGUUUACCAGAAACUGUUUUUGUUUGGGGUUUUCCGAUUCCACGAUAACAAUUAGCGAGUUUCCUCAGAGCAAAAGUUUAUUUUUUUAUCAGAUUUGUAUUGAGCUGGAAGAUGAUCGAAGUUCAAUGGGAGCAAUAAAUAACAAACAGGUAGUUUUAUUUUUGUGUCUCACAUUCAGCACAUCCGUCAGAGGUGGGUGUGAGAAUCAGUUUCUGAUUGAUUGUGAUUGAUUUUAUUGAUCUGUAUGUCCCUGUUUCCUCUGAUCUUCCUGUGUUUUUUUGAUCAUUUUAUACUUGCACUUCUCCUCGCCAGCUGCUGUAGCCUUAAACCCAGAGGGGAUGAUGGGAGAUGUAGUUCUGAAGGGAUGUGAAGCAGGUGGUGAUGCUGUGAGUCCUGAUCAGUUCAUGUGCUAAAAUAAAACCUGCAAAUUCAACCU